AGUGGUGUUUGGUGGGUUGUUACACAAAGCCUUUCGGCAAAACGGGUUUAUAUGUUACUACUUAGUAGAUACCACACCCAUGAGUAGACGGUUAUGAGUUUUAUAUGAGUUCAGAAACCUGCAUAUCACCAUUUAUAUAGCUGUUGCAACUGCUCUUCCAUUCAACACAACUACAUACACAGGUGGCAUUCUACAAAUGAAUAAUAAAGAAAAUAAACGGGUACUUGAAAAUGAAAACCCCUCUGCUCCGCAUGUGGUGUUUAAAAAACAGAAAUUGGCUACCCCACUGAGCACAGUUGACAUGAUGAAAAAUAUUACAAUAACCAAAGAAAAAAUGAAAAAGGUUGAACAUAAUUUCAAAAAGAAUAGUUUUCAUGACUACAUCAGGGAAACCAUAACAAAAUUGGAUGAGACAUUGAACAAAAAGAAAAAAACUACUGUGGGAGUGUUUGGGAAGACAGGAGCUGGCAAGAGCUCACUGAUCAACGCUGUUCUGGGGGGGAGGGACCUGCUACCAUCAGGAACCAUUUGUGCUUGUACAUCAGUCAUUAUACAGAUUGAAGCCAAUGUGACAGACUCCAACUACACAGCUGAGAUUGAAUUUAUUUCAAAAAAGGAUUGGGAAAAUGAGCUGAAAAACAUUCUGAGUGUUAUAUCAGAGGAUAAAAAGAAUUUAAAAGGACAGAACAAUGAAAGUUCAGAAGACAUUACAAUGGCAGAUGAAAAGAUUAAAGCACUGUAUGGAAAUGAAGGAGCUUCUAAGACCUUAGAAGACCUCAUGAAAGAUAAUAAUUUCUCAAAUAUUCCAGAGUUUCUAACCUCUGGAAAAAAAACAAUAACACAUGAAAAUGCCUCAGAUUUAUCUGAAGAAAUUGACUGCUACAUUAGGCAUAACGGAUCAAGCCCUGGAGGACGUUACUGGCCAAUAGUGGCAAGUGUGACAAUAAUGGUUCCAAAUUGCAAAGAUUUCCUGGAGCAUGUUGUGUUAGUAGAUCUCCCUGGAACUGGAGACUGCAACAAAACCAGAGAUGAGAUGUGGAAAUCGAAAUUGAGAGAUUGCUCAGCAGUGUGGAUUGUAAGUGAAAUAGAACGUGCUGCUUCUGACAAGUCGGCUUGGGAUAUUCUGAAAAACAUAACAGACAUGGCACAAGGUGGAGAGUGCAGGAGCAUCUCCUUUAUCUGUACCAAGACUGAUCUCAUCAGCACUACAUACAUGAGAUCGGUAAAGCUCAAGGAUAAAGACUUGGAAAUUACAUGCAAGGACACUCAGUAUAAGAGAAAAGCUGCAUGCAUAUUGUACAGAAACAAAGAAGCCAAGGAAGAAGUGAAGAAGUCUUUUGAUGCACAACAUAUAAUAAAGAAAUAUUUCAAUUGUGAUGAUGGCUUCCUUUCCAUUUUUACUGUGAGUUCCGAAGAAUUCAUCAGUGAUACUCCAAUCCUGGAAAAAGAGCAAACAGAGAUACCAAAGCUCCAAGACCUCUUGAAGGGGUACAACAAUAGUCAAAUCAAUGAAAUGGGAAAUCAGUAUGUCCUUGGAGCACGUGGAAUCCUCUACCUGAUUCAAGGUUCUAGGGACACAAGCCAAGACAUGAAUGCACAGAAGUGUCAACUAUACCAGUUGCUGGAGAAAAAUCUUCACAGGGCACUUGAAGAUUUGCAGGGACAUCAUAAUCAUGUUUUGGACUUUUUGGAAGAACUCCUUUCUGCAGGAACAAAAGAAUCUGAGCAAGAAUGUAUUAAAACUGCAACAAAUGUCAUAAAACCAUUAGACAGGGACAAUCGUGGAUUUCACAAAAUACUGACUGCAUUGUGCAAGAAUAAUGGAUACCACAGAUCUAGAAAAGGAGAAUUUGAUCUGAAUAAUAUUUUGGCCACCCACAUGUAUAACAACAUUGACAAUUUCUUCAACUCCCUUUUCCUAUCCCAUGGAAAUGUGUUUGAGAAGUCACUACAAGCAAACAUUGAUAAGUUCACCAUCAUAACAAAGGACAUGAUGACAGAAUAUAACCAUUCUCCAAUGCUGAAUCAUGUGCUGAACUUCCUUAAAAUAGAGGAAAACAAAGUAAAAUCAGAUAUUAUAAGAGAUUUACGUCAGCGAAAAAAGAAAAUAUACACAUCCCUUCAAGUAUCCAUUAAAGAAACAAUGCUGCCAUGCUAUAACCAAGCUGCUCACCUUAAGGGAAUUGGCUCUAUGUUAAAGCAGCAGAAGGUGCUACUCAGCUACAUUGAAAAUUCCAAAACUGAAAUGUUCCAUAAAGCAAAGAAACAUAUGCUGGAACUGCUAGAGCUUGCAAAGAAUUUCCACAAGGAUGAGCUAAAAAAGAAUCUAAAGACUGCAAUGAAGUAUUCACUUCUCAAUGCGAGCUUGCUAUACAUGGAUGUCUCCAAGGACUUGAAAGAGCUGGAAUUACUGCAUAGUAAAUAUGAGAAAGAUUAAUAAAAUCCAGUGAAACUACAUUGCUGGCCUUUAAAUCUGAGUACAGUAUUUUGUCAGAUAGGAAUAGUUAACUUUGUGGAUCAAAUAUGUGGAUAUUUGAAAUCUCAAAAUAAUGUUUAAAAUGUCUUACUCCCUGUUCAUUCAGGGCCAUUUCAAAAAAUACUGCAAAGGAUUUUUAUAAUAGCAAACUACAUUAUUAACUAAAAUUGUAAUUUUAUCUGCAUUUUUAAAAAGAAACUUCAUGGUCUAAAUUCUAAAUUAUUUGGCACAGAGUGAAGAGGCGAAGUCAGGAAUAAGAAGCCGUUCUUAUCAAGGAGCCGUCACUGUGAAGUGAUGUCUCCUUCUUCAGUAGAACCCUAUGAAGGCCUAGACAUUUGUUUUCUUCUUAGUUUCUGGCAUUUUCUGAGGCUGAUGGUAAUUGACUUUGGUCUGAUUCAAUCUGGACAUAUAAAUUUAGACUUCAUGUCACUGUUCCAUACAGGGUCCUUCAAAGUUCAUGAUAUGGGUUUUUGUAUACAUAUAUUAUUUUGAGAGAAUAUUUGUUUGCAUAAUUUCUCAGAUUGCUUUCAGUAUUUUUGUGCCUACUCCACACUCUAUAUUGCAAUAUCAAGCUAUUCAGCAUUAUUUAGCUGUAGUAAUAUUUGCAUAGUCCUUCAAACAAAACAGUUCGUUGCAUAUUAAAAACUAAUUUUAAAAGCCUCUUUGACAUAGUAAUGUCUGCUGAAGUUAUGUCUUUGUAUUUGAGACUAAAUUCAAAUAAAAUGCUUUCAGUGGUCAAUUUCCAUCAGAAUAGCCAUAAGAAACAUCCAUCAAAUAAUGAGGUUGUGGGAUAAUGCUGAAAAGAAUGCUUCCUGAAUGGAGUAUCAUCAGGAGUGAACUGUAUUUUCUCAUGAUGAAAUAUCUGUCUUAUGGCAUGCAGAUUUUUGUAAACACACACAUCAUGCCCCUUCAUUUGCUAAAUGCCUAAAACGUGCUGACAUUUAUGGACAGUGUAAAUAGAGUGUUAGUUUAAAGUAAAAUAAAAAUUACAACAGCUACUUAGAAGUACAUGAAGCUUCAAGUACGUGCCACAUUUAUCAAAGGCUUUUUGUUUGUUCAUGAAAGCUAGUGUGUGUGCAUGUAUCUAUGCCUUAGCAAUAAAUAAUGCAAACAUAUAGUGAGCAAAAGCAGUGGCAUAGUGCAGAGUUCUUGGACCCCACUGUAAAAGGCACUGUAAAAAGCCCUUUUAAAAAUUUGCCAGUUUGGGUUCCCUGUAUACCCCUCCCCUAUGCCAGUGGGCAAAACUAUUUUUAUACUUAAUGCAUUUAUGUUUUCUGUCUUAAAUUUGGUCUGAACUAUAUCUGCAGACACAUGCUAGCAUCUGCGAGAUUUUUUCACAGUUCUUUAGCCUUAUUUGUUUGUUUAAGAACAAGGAUUUAUCUUUUUUUUAGUGUUUGAUUUCUUCCCUCAUUUAGGUGGUGUAGUUUUUUAAUACCUGUUUUAAUGAACUUUUAUAAUAGUUUCCUAAAAUAUUUAAUUACCGUAAAAGAAGUUCAUUCUAAUUACAUUUUAAAAUUGUAUUUCAUAAUCAAGUUCUGAUUUCCAAAGUAACACAUACAAUUUUAUGUUUUUAUUUCAUAAUUAUAGCACCAGUCUCUUGAUGUCUGU